UCGUGGGUGUUUCAUGGGAUAACCAAAAUGGCGAUCAGGCAAAAUAUUUGGUGCAGAAGAUUUUUUCCCAUUUAUUCCAAUUUUGCAAGUUGCUAGCGGUGGCAAUUUCGGUCCUUCCGCAAUCGCGUUCGUGUGCUGUGUGAAAAUUUGUGACUUUCCACACAAUUCUCCAUGUGAUAUUCGUGGAAUUUGUGGGAGUUUUUUCUUACUCUGCAAAAGGAGAUUGGCAAAAGUGAAAACACCAAAUUGCUAUAAGAAAAAAAAAUUGUGUGUUGAUUUUUCGUGACAUCUGGGCCCGUGGGGCGAUACCUCGGUGUUUUUCUUGAUCCUGUGCCAAGAAGGAAAAGUCCGUGGUGUUUUUGUGCGUGUGCCCAAGAAAAAUUCAUCCACGGGAAGCCCCCGUAGUGGGCCAGAGAGCCCCUCCAACUUCGUCGCAGCUAGUGCAAUCAUUUUUUCGCACCUUGAUUGAAACUUUUUGCAGAUCCGCAAAAAUCACGCGGAGUAUCGCUUCUCAUACACCAAUUUGGAGAUAAUUGAGGAAAAAUGGCAACCAAAGAGGAGAUUAUUUUUCACGACUCCGUGUCGGUUGUCGUUCACACUUGUUUUGCUACCAUUCCAUCUGCAGUGAAUGCCGACUGCCUUGGUGGUGAAAAUGCUGCCUCUUCGUACGGUGCCACCGGAAUUUUCCGGGCAGUUGUAUGAUGUGCCAGUGGGGAGUAGUGAUGUGUUUGUAGGUUCACGUGAACAUUAUCAGUGUAGUGCUGAGAAUUUUGUGCCUACCGCAAGUGAGGGGGAUUUUUAUGUGACGUGCAAUGGUGGUGAAUUUGAUGCUGAAGACAAUUUGAGUAUUUUCUGUGGGGGUGCAGCAGUAGAUUGUGAGUGGGUGCACGGUGAGAGGUGUUGUGUGCAGCAAGAGACAAAGCUAUCGAAGAAAGUUCAGGGGAAUUGUUGUGAGGAACAUUUCUUUUCCGCUGCCGAAGACGGUGGUGACGAUACAUUUGAUAUUAUUGGGGAUACCUGCAUGAAGAGCUCAUGCGAGGAUACCAGCACGCUUUUUGCACGUAGUAGCUUCCAAAAGUGGCCCCUAAGGCCCGAGAAAACAAGUAGUGAGGAUUUAGCUAAUAAUGCGCAACAGGAUCUUGCUUUUCCAAGGAAUAUUUUUGGUGGGAAAAGAGGUGGAAUUAAUUGCUUUAGCAGCGACCAUUUACGCACAAAGAAGCAAUUGUAUGUCGUGAGUAGUCCCAGCAAGGAGGCAAAGAAACCCUUGCUGUUUACGGAGCAUUCAGAGGAGAGGGUGUCACAAUCAUCGGGUGAUUCAUUUGAGGAAUUUGGGGAAGAGGAGGAGGACGACGACGAGGAAAUUGUGCAAUUUCGUAAAAAAAUUCAAACAACAAAUCGCAUCCAGCAGGAGAAUCGACGUAGUUUGCAGCUUCAUUUAUUUGCUGGUGAUGCACAAACAGCUGACCAAAAGCAACACAGCAGACACUCAUGGUAUGCACCAACAAAAAGCUAUGAUACACUCUUCGAGGACAGCGAACAGGAAGUAAAGGAGAGCCCUCUGCAUCACAACCUGGCGGCACAGCGUCAACAGAGUGAAGUGCGUGAUUCGACUGCGUUGCUCGAACGGACGCUCCAUAACGCCCCGGGACGACCUAAAUCGAAGAUAAGUGCUUCAUCGACGACAAUUCAGGAGCUUCAGAGUGGCCCCCAUGUCGCGAAUUCGGCAAAUGCGACAUCACUUGGGGGCCCACCGGCGCCGCGAAUGCGACGCUUUGAGCAAUUGCUGAAGAAUCUUGUGGGUAAGAAGAGUACCACAGCAACAACAACGGGCACGUGUGAGUCUUCGGGGCGACUCACGGCGCCCCAAUUGCAAAUUGAUAAAAGCCCAUCGGAGUAUGAUCUCACGCGGGAGAAGACAAAACGCAUUGGGGGCUCUACGUCGUCCCUGAAUAGUGUAAAGCAGGGCUUGUGGACCGUUGUACCGCUACUGAAGCGUGAUGGUGGCGGUAGUUGUUCGAGUUUGGAGAAGAUUGCCGCCGCAUCUGGUCCCAAGAGGACAACAUCUUGUGCCAAUGCGGCCAAUAUGCAGGAGAACACACAGGGUUUGAAUAUGCGAAAAUGCGAGACUUUCCUUACACUUGCCCAGCCGCAAUUGGAACCAUUGAAGCCCCUCAAUCGACUGAGGAAUUCCGCCUCAAUUGCCACCUGCUCCCGGUGCUCUAGUCUCCUUUCGCUCGCAGCGGCAGGCUCGCGGUAUUCACUCAACGUCUCCGGGGGUGGAUUUGUGCCAAUUGACACAGGGGCCAUGGGCGGUGGUAGUGGGAAUGUAAGUGAUUCAUCAUGCUAUUCAUCUUCCGUCCAAGCGCCGCAAAUACAGCGCGACUGUGGCUCAGCUGUCACGAUAAUUCCGUGUAAGCUGUGCCUUGGUGAAGUCAACCGGCAGCAGCUAACAAAAAUCCGACAGUGUGGAUGUUCAUUUUGUACAGAGUGCAUGAAGGCCUACGUUGAAUUUGAAAUUCUGGAAGGUGCCUAUGAGAUCUCAUGUCCGGAUGCAAUGUGUCCAAUGCAGGGUAUUAUAUCAAUUCAGGAGGUCUCCACGUUGGUGCCACAGAGUCUCAUGGAGAAGCAUCAUCGCUACCGAUUGAACAGAGAGGUUGAAAAGGACCGCAAUAGAACGUGGUGUCCAAAAGCUGGCUGUGAAACGGUGUGCUUGGUGGAUGGUGGUGCAUCGAGCACAUCUCCGGUACCAACGAGUCGUAGUGUAACGUUUCAGCUUCCCCAUUCAGCCGGUGGGGCUGUAUGUUCAGCCCUUCCGCCGCCAUGCCUCGUCCAUUGUCCCACAUGUCGGGAAGAUUUUUGCUCAGGAUGCAAGAAAGCGUGGCACCCAGCGAUGACUUGCGAAGAGAAUACGCGGCGCCUGGCAGCCGAUGGACGGGAUGUGGAUAACAUUGGUGUCCUCUUCGAUAGUGACCUCAUCAAGUGUUGUCCCAUGUGCGCUGUGCCAAUUGAAAAGGAUGAAGGAUGUGCACAGAUGAUGUGUAAGCGAUGCAAGCACGUUUUCUGUUGGUACUGCCUGGCUAGUCUCGAUGACGACUUCCUCCUUCGGCACUACGACAAGGGCCCGUGCAAGAAUAAACUUGGGCAUUCACGUGCCUCAGUGGUGUGGCACAGGGCACAGGUGAUUGGGAUCUUUGCGGGUUUUGGGAUUCUUCUGCUCGUGGCGUCUCCCCUUCUCCUUCUUGCCGCCCCGUGUAUUGUUUGCUGUAAAUGUAGAAUUUGCAGUGGAGCCGCAAAGUUGGAGGAGCAAGAGGGAGCCUUUGAUGAUGCCGUGAGACUUCAAAGGUAAGCUCGCUCCCCCCCAUUUGAUCCUUAUUGAGAUCUGCAAAUCGUGAUGAAGAGCAUUUUAUCUUUUUGAGCUUAUUAGAAGAAGAAGAAGAAGAAAUUAAGAAAAAAGUGCGAUGAAAGCUGCAAAUGUAGCAUGAAAAAAAAAUCACCUAGUCUCAAAAAAGAUAAUCACUAGAAUUCAUACUUAAAAAAUAAACAAAAACAUAAUUAUUUAUAUAAAACCUACUCAUUAAGGCUAUACAAUGAUACAAUAUAAAAAAUAAUAGAUAUUUGUAUUAACAUUGAAAAAUUUUAUUAUUCUGAGACAUUUUUUUUUCUUUGUUGAGUUUAAAAAAGUAGAGAAAAAGGGAACAGCAAAUGAUUUUUUUUUAAAGUACGUAAAACAACAAUUUAAUGCUGAGGCUCAAUGUAGAGAAUCUUCAUGAAAAAUAAAAGUAUUUUAGAGACUUUUUAGGAUACUUUUUUUUAAUCAAUUUUAUAUUCUUUUUUUUUUUUAAUAAAAAUUUGCAGUUUUCUUGUUAAUUUGUGAAUUUUUCUUUGAAUUUUGAGGUUUAAUAAUAAAGUUUUCCCAUUAUUUGAUUAUAUUGUUUGCCAGGAAAAAACGGUUGAAUGUCCCACAGAAUUCUUUUUAACUCCUUCAAUACUCUUUAUUAGAACAAACACAGCUAAAAGAUUAGAUAAAUUGAGGAAAAAAAACAGAAAUAAAAGAAAGAUUAAGUAAAAUCACAUUUUUAAUCUCAUUUCGACUGAAACUUAUCUUUUCCCACUUACCCUGAAUAAAUUUAUCUUGGAGGGGAGACUAGGGCAAUUGUCCAGGAAGGGAUUAGGAAAUUCUAGAGUGUUUAAAGACCUUAAAUUUUUACCCUUAAAAAAAAACAUUGGCUAAAAUAACAAGUAAUCAGUGAAAAGGCAUUUUAGCAGAAUAUUUCAGUUAUUUUAACUAAUGUUUUGAGCAAAAUUGUAAGAAUUUAUUCAAUGAAAAGAUUAAAAAGUUAAUUGAAACAGUCAAAUUUACAGAAAUUAUUUAAUCGAGAUACAAAGUAGUCAAAACAACAGAAGAUAAUUGAUUAAAAUAACAACAUAAAACAUCAAUUUAAUUAGUCAAAAUGACCAAAGUUUUAACAGAAUAUGAGAGAUAUUUGAAAUUAUUUUAAUAUCAAUUCUUUAAGGAUCUAAUAAUCUCUUUAGUUUUUCCUAAACCCUUUUUCUGGUUUAAUUGAGGUCAGUUUUGUGAGGAAAAAAAGGAAAACUUUCUUUUCUAAGAACUUGAUUGCAAAGUUUUCAUUCAAUGGGGGAGAUUGGGAUAAUACUGAAAUGUUAGAGGUUUAAAAAAAAGUUGGGAAGGAACGCGUUUACGUUGAUUUAGAACAAGGAACAAAUUUUUGAAUUUUAAGAAUAAAUUACGGGCUCUAGAAAAUGCCUAAAAAGCAAAAAUAAAUAUUUUUUUAACACAGAAAAGCUCUAAAUAUUGAUAAAAGAAACUUAGAAAACAUAAUAAUUGCCCUACUCUCCCUUUAACAUCAUUUUUUUUUUCAAAUUUUAAAUUAAAUCCAAAUAUUAGUUUCAUCAUAAAAAAAAUAUUUAAAAAAAUUGCUCAAUUUACUUUUCAGUCUAAAUAAAAAAAAAGCCAAGAAAACUUGCAGGAAAAACAUUUUAUUCCAUAUAAGUAAUAGAAAACUUGAGAAAAAAUUGAAUAUAGGUAAAUAUUUAAAAAAAAAAUGCAUAUAUAGGAAAAAAUAUUACAUAGAAUCUGCUACAAUUUCUUGAAUAAAGUCUCACAAAAUGCAAUUUGAGUAGCCCCUUUUUUACACAACAUACAAGUUGGGGCUUUUUCUUUAAAGAAAAAAAAACAAAGAAAGUAGCAUAGAAAGCAAAAAGAGUUUUAGAUAGAAAGGAAAAUUUGUAUGCUAGUUUUGAAGAGAAAAUUUGUAUGAAAAAUGAAAUUUGAAGCUUUGAAAAAGAAAUUGAAAAACCACAGAAUAGAACAAAAGAAAUAAAAAGUAAUUUUGUGGUGAAACAAUGAAAAGAAGAACGAGUUAAGGAAUAAUUUUUUGUAGGUAUGGUUCGCACUUAUCCUUAUAUUAAAAUAAAAAGAAUAAAACAAUUUAAAUUCUAUGUAAAUGAGAGAAAGAUAAAAAAAAAUUAUCAUUAAGACGUAGAAUAAAUUGUAGACUCGUAGAUGAUAUUUGAUAUAAAUUACAUAGAAAUUGUAGAAAUUACAUAAUUAAUAAUAAAUAAAAAAAUAGACUCAUAAGGUUAAUAAACUAUAAUAAAAUUAAUAUUUAUAUAAAGUAAUGUAAAAGAGAAAAAAAAACAAGCAUACAAAAAUUAUUUUAGUCCUACAUAAUAAUUUAAUUUUAGUGACUCCAUCGUGAAAUUAAGAAAUAAAAUAUAAAUUAAAAAAAAAUCAUUUACUCUGCAGUAGCAUUGAAUUAAUAAAAUAUUGGUGAGAUAGAAAAAAAAAUGCAAAGUAAUAUAUAUUUUUUUAAUUUUAGUUUAUUAUAUACGGAAGAAAAAAAACAAAACUUUUGUGAGUAAUUGAUGAAAGAACAAAAUGCAAAAAUUUGAGAAAGUUUAUAUAGAUAAAAUUUGAUUAUAGAUAAUUCCAUUUGAGAGAAUUGUUUUUUUUUUAAACUAGAAAAGAAUGAAAAUUAAGAGAAAAAUUCCCAAAAGCAAGAAAAGAGAAAAUGCGUUAACUGAAUUGUGAUAUUUACAGUGAUUCAAAAUCAAUCUUUAUGAUGGAUUAAAAUUAUUAGUGAGUGAAUUAUAAUUAUUAAAAUAAAAAUCUUACUUAGGUGAAAAGUA